AUGCAAAUGUUUAAUAUUUACAAAAAAAUAGAAAGAAUACGUAUAAUCGAAUUAGGUGCUGGUUCUGGUUUACUUGGUUUAACUUUAUUAAAAUAUUCUGAUAAAAUUUUAUCAUAUACAUUUACUGAUUAUUCUUCAAUGAUUUUAAAUUUAUUACGACAAAAUAUUUUACUUAAUUUUUCAGAUGAUAUAUUCAAUAAACAAAUAAAAAUUGAAGAAUUAAAUUGGAAUCAAUAUUCAAUAGAUGAGAAUAAUCAAAAUUGUUAUAAUUUUAUUUUAGCUACAGAUGUUGUUUAUGAUCCAUCAGUUAUUGAAAAUUUAGUAAAAGUAAUUAAAAUUCUUUUACAAAUAAAUAAACAAUGUUCAGCUUAUAUUGCAAAUGCUAUUCGUAAUGAAUCAACAUAUAAUCAAUUUCGACAAGCAUUAAAUCUAUCAUCUUUGAAUAUUUGUUCUAUUGAUACAGAUAUUAUUCAAUCUAUUGAAAUUCUUCAACUUACUAUUUCAUCUUAA